UGCGUUAGCAUGAAGCUAGGUUAGCAUGAAGCUAGGUUAGCAUGAAGCUAGGUCAGCUGGCUUGUUUUGCCAUCUAACACCAGCCGGAGCCUCAUUUCACCAACACGUAACGUUCAUCAUCAUGACCGUGUUAAACACCAUGCUGAGACCCGUUUUUGGUUUCCCAAAACAACUCCGGCCCGGGCCUCAGUCCGCGGUCUAGAGUUUGAUAGCGGGCCGUUUGAGACGGACCCACGUCGGCGUGUCACCGCCAGCCGGUCCCUGUAGCCCAGCCACCAUCAUGGGCGACAGCAGAGAUUCCCGCAGCCCAGACAGUUCGUCUGUGUCCUCCCCUCCAUCGGGCCAGCGCUCGCCUCCGCUGGUUCCCUCAGCUGCAGCUUCCAUGACCUCCCUGCCUCCCAUCACUACCAGUGGGGUCAACAGCCCCAUCAGUAGCAUCGGCUCCCCCUUCUCCGUCAUCAGCUCUUCACUGGGCUCGCCCUGCCUGCCUGGCACGCCGUCGGUGGGCUACGGCCCCAUCAGCAGCCCGCAGAUCAACUCAACAGUGUCCAUGUCAGGGCUCCAUGCAGUGAGCAGCUCCGAUGAUGUGAAACCUCCGUUGGGCUUGAAGCAGAUGUCGCCCCACAGCCCAGGGCCGAUGCUUUCCCAGAAACGCCUUUGUGCCAUCUGCGGAGACAGAUCUUCGGGUAAGCACUACGGCGUCUACAGCUGUGAGGGCUGUAAAGGCUUCUUCAAGCGCACUGUGCGCAAAGACUUGACCUACACCUGUCGGGACAGUAAAGACUGUUUGGUGGAUAAGAGACAGAGGAACCGCUGCCAGUACUGCCGCUACCAGAAGUGCCUGGCCAUGGGCAUGAAGAGAGAAGUGGCCAAGAUGAACGACAGAUCUGUCCAAGACGAACGGCAGAGGAACAAGGAACGAGAGGGCGAGGUGGAGUCGACCAGUGCGGUGAACGAGGAGAUGCCAGUGGAGAAGAUUUUAGAAGCGGAGGUGGCCGUGGAGCAGAAGACAGAGCUUCAUGCAGAUGGGAGUUCAGAUGGCAGCUCUCCCAACGAUCCAGUCACCAACAUCUGUCAGGCAGCAGACAAGCAGCUCUUCACCCUGGUGGAGUGGGCUAAGAGGAUCCCUCACUUCUCUGAGCUGGCCCUGGACGACCAGGUCAUCCUACUACGUGCAGGCUGGAAUGAACUCCUGAUCGCAUCGUUCUCCCAUCGCUCCAUCUCCGUGAAGGACGGGAUUCUAUUGGCCACCGGCCUGCACGUCCACAGGAACAGCGCUCACAGUGCCGGUGUCGGAGCCAUCUUUGACAGGGCGCACAAUGCCGAGGUUGGGGCCAUAUUUGACAGGGUUUUGACAGAGCUUGUAAGCAAGAUGAGAGACAUGCAAAUGGACAAGACGGAGCUCGGCUGCCUUCGAGCCAUUAUCCUCUUCAACCCAGAUGCUAAGGGUUUGUCCAACCCCAGUGAGGUGGAGCUCCUGAGGGAGCGGGUGUACGCAUCUCUGGAGUCUUACUGCAAACAGAAAUACCCCGAUCAGCAGGGCAGGUUUGCGAAGCUCCUCCUCCGGCUCCCAGCGCUGCGCUCCAUCGGUCUGAAGUGCCUGGAGCACCUGUUCUUCUUUAAACUGAUCGGCGACACGCCCAUCGACACCUUCCUGAUGGAGAUGCUAGAGGCGCCUCACCAGCUCACCUAGAGGAGCCAGGUUGGGUCCGGUCAGGAUCUGAUGCACACCAGGAUUACCAACACAUCACCCCAUGUUGGGUCGUUAGCUCCUCUCGUUGGGCCUCACUUAAGCACCUGCUGGUUUUAAUGCACCGGCUCUCACACCUGUACACACACAAACAUACACACACAUAUUCCAUUACACAUGCAGAUCUUAACUUGCAUACAUGAAUUGACAUAACUAAUGCACAGAUAACACGACUCUGAAUGAACAGUAUGCUAAUACACACUCACACACCAUCUUUUCCCAUACUCAGUUUUCCACCAGAGGGGUUACGACUCAAAGAAUAUAUCCCCUUUUUUAUCACACAUAUACAGUAAAGGUCUUAAUUUACAGUUAGCCUUCCGUGUUUCACAUCUUCAUCUCACAGUGGGUUCUUGCUUCUGCGUAACUGGUGUACUCCCCCUGUUUGAACUAGGGUUAGUUAGUUACACUGCUAGCGGCACCUCUUUAUAUUCUAUCCAUCACUAGUCGGUUAGUUAUUCAUGUUUGGUUUUAGCUUCAAAUCAGGUGCGUUGCAUUUCAAUCAACUGUCCAUCACCAAACCAAUUCACUUCUUAUUGGUCAGGAGGUGUCCUAUAAUGGACAGGCAGACGCACCCUGCCAGUGAGUUCAUCCAAUCUCCUAAAAAAAUGUUUAAACAUUUAAUGCUUUUUUUUUUUUUUUUGUUGAAUAUUCAUGCUGAAACUUGUUUGAGUUUCUAUUUUGAAGUACUGUACUCAUGAAAUGAGAGCUUUUUUUCCAAGGCAUUGAAAUCCAGGAAAGGGGAGUGGGAGCACUUUGUUGAACAGACAGACUUUGUCCCUCCCACCCUGAUGCGCACAGCGGGGCUUCGUAAGACAAGAAGAAUGACUUGAAUCUUUUUUUUUUUCUAGUUUCGAUUUCAUCCCUUUUCUCUAUUUUGGCGGUUGGCAUUUUAAACAGCUUGAGUCUCACAGGAAGUACAGCUUCAUGCAAGACAAAAAUUGUAGUUGUUUUUGUCUUUUCUCUCCCGUCGCUGGUGGUCAUUUACGCACUUUUGUGAGUUGUAACUGUGUAAAUGUUCCUGUUUCCUAGAAGUGACCAUCUAUUCUCAGACACCUAAGACGACCUUGAAGGUACUACGUGUAGGGUUUUCUCAUUAUUGCCGAAUCAGACGUGAUGAUUUGUCAUAGAACUUGCUAAAUAAUUGGCCACUUCCUGUACAGAUGAUAACCAGGUUUGGUCAGCCUCUGUUGGAGUUGUGUUGGGCAUUGCUUUGUAUUCAAGAUGCUGCACUCGGUUCUCUCUGUUAGAACGAGGUGCGAAAAGCUGGAUUUUUGUGCAACACAAAAAGCAGCAGCAGAGAUGAGAAAUGAUUUGACAGUCGCAAUAAUGCAACAUUUCAUUUCCCGCGGUCAUCAGUCAAUAUCAAAUCUGGCUCAUCUGCGAUACUCUUGCAGCCCACCGCUCACGGAUGAAUACAUGAUUUGGUAAACAAUGCACCGGUGUUUGAAUUACUGUGUCGUGUUACUGUAAUGCAAUAAUGAAAUGAGUUAGUGCUAUAUAAUGGGAAUCCUACACCUACUACCUGCAACUUUGGAAACUUAAAUUCAGUGUUUAUUGGCUCAGUGCUUGCGACUUUUGUACAGUAGAUGUAAAUAAUACAAGAGAAGAACACAGGAGUCCUCGUGCAGAAACAAAACGCCCGUUCACACUCAUGUGAAUGUGAAUUAUGUGGCUCCAACAAAACACUUUUCAAAUCUCUAUUUUGUUGCUGUUGAAUCAACAUUAGACUUAACCUCCUGUGUAAGGUCGUCACCAUGACAUUGAGCCCAGGGUCGAACCACACCUCACUGCUACUUUUGCACCAACUUCCGUUCCCCCGUUGUUCUCUGUAAUCGAUUGGCUGAAUUUCGUCGACGACGGCGCUUGACAUUUACUGCGAUUGCAGUAUUUUUGGGCGACCGAAUCUGAGCUUUGCAGUGAAAAGUCCAAUGCAGCUACCACAUGAUCAGGAGAUAACACAGUAAACUAUGAAUUCUACACACGCUCAAAGGUGAGCAACACCGGGGUAAACAAAGAUUUAUUACCUUUUUUGAUAGUAUUUAAAAAAGAGUGUUGACAUUGUGAGGUCUAUUUUGCCUCAUCAGUCGCCACGUUAGCAAUUAGAAACGUACAUCUUGCAGUAUCAUUCUACAGGGACGAGGCACAGCUGUCCUCUACCAGGUGCUAAAUAUGGUCUCUUAGUUUAAGACUUGCACAUUUACAUCAAUGCAAACACAGUAUGCAAGUACACAGGCAAACAGACUCAUUGUUACUUUAUGACCCCUAACUUCAUUGCAGACUCCCAACUAAGGAAACAAAAAACACCAGCUAAGUGCUUGUACAUAUUGGGCUGUGUCUGAUCCGUGUUUAUCAGACACAGCCGGUGUCUUUUGUAUUGAAGAAAGCAGUCAGGCCGGUGGUAGCAAUGAAAGUAGAGCUAGUGAACAAUGAGCUUCCUGCCCUGCGGACGGUCCAAAUACUUCUCAGAGAGGAUCCCAUUUGAUGUGGACUCGGAGGCUGACAGUUAGAUGGCCUGUAAGACAGGUGGUUUUGUUUAACAUGUCAGUAAGUUGGUCUGACCUUUAGAGUUUGGUGUUGUUUCAGUUUUUCUCCAUGUGUUUGGCCAACUCCCACAAAGUAAUCUCCAGAUGUCCAUUAAUGUCCUACAUGCAGAGAGAAGUCAGCCCCCUCGUGCACCAGUGCUGCCUCAUUUACUGUAGGUGUAGUUCUUGUACUGCAUAUGAUGCAGUACGAUGCAGCGAAAAGGAUUUUGUGGCCGCCGGACAUUGUGAUCUGGGUUGGAGCAUAGCUAUCCUGAGACAGUUGUGGCUGUGGAAUGAAGGUUGUGAGUGCAACCCCCCAGAGAAUCAGGCUGACUCCAGGAUGUGUGCUCAUCUUCUGUCUCUGUCUCUGCAGGAUUCCUCUGUUGAAUGUUUAAGCUUGCUGCUACUGCGUCGUGUUAAUAUCUGGAGAUGGGAAUGAUGAUUACACAAUCAGUCAAGUGCUGGAGGAACCACUAGUUGUAAAAAAAAAAAUCAAAGUCAAAUCCACAGCGGACUGAAGAAAUGCCAAACUUUGUUGAUGAUUCAUCAAAAAGCAAAAAUAUGCAACUUGUAUAUCGUGGUAGACAGUCGUCAUGUGCAUUGUGUUUCUGGCAUCUGCAAACUGUAGCUCGGUCUGUUACAUCAGUUCAUAUUAAUUGGCAGUGAAAUGAUUUCCCAUUCCUCCAUAUGUCAGCUAUGCCUUUUAAGUUUUGCCAUUUCUAUAUUUCUUAACAUUUUGCUAUGAGCGUAGGUCAUUUACAGGAUGAUAUACACAUGUUUAAGAGAGUCAGCGCAGGCUCUGUGUGCUGAUCAAGCAGACUGUUUUAGAAAGAGCUGGUGGUUGAGUGUUUCAUUUUUUUAUGUGUGGCCACAUGUGCUUUUCUGCACACGUGUAACGAAUCUGUCUGCAGCUACGCCUUUUCACUGGCAGAUACUCUAUAGCUUUGGCGGUGAUGUGCUGAGCACUGUUAAAUUGGUUUGUUGAGAAAAAUAAUCAAAGGAUGCACAGAGGAAAAGGAGCGUGAGCCAGAGGGGCGAUGAAGUGGCGUGUUGACCUGAUGAUUUAUCAACGGCCUCCUCCCCUUCCUCCGCUUCGCCCCGUCUCCACUGCUUUACUUUAAACUUAACAGAAUGCUGAUUCACUCACCCACGUGGGCUGAAGAUGACCGGGCUUUGCAUCGGGACGGACUUCUAUAUAAAUAAUCCUCUGAUUCUUGGACUGUUUGAAAAAGGAUGUGAAGCUUUUCGGUGGGGGACAUCGGAGCACCGGAGAGCUGUAAGGAAGGGAUCCGUGCCGCGUGUCCCCUCUUUGCUUACUUUACUUGACGGCAGAGCAGCGGCGAUCUGCGGUCGCCAUCGGGAGACCGCCGGAUCGCACCGCACCGCCCAUUUGUCAUUGCAACCGUGUGCACUCAAGGCAGACGCAUGCUGUGACCUUUUGACUGUGUAGCAGUAUUGUUGUCGCCAUCUUUGUUACAUUUUGAAAUGACUCUCUUUCUGAACAUUGAUUGAAACGUUGAUUAAAUAUGCUUUUUUUUUUUUUUUUAAAUGGAUCGCAGGCUGUGACUGAAGAAUUGAUCAUUGUGUAUAGACUAGAUAUCAGGGCGGGGUUUUCACCUAUUGACACAGGCCCCCCUGGAGCCAAGGCCCAUCCCACUCUGAUCAAUGAGGCAGUGUGUGCUACGCAGCCUUGAACCCAACACCCUCACUGGUUUAUUUAUCACUGCCAAGUUGUUUGCGGAUGUGGCUGUUUUUUAAAUGCCGGGCCGCUCAGUCCCCAGCGCUUGUUUGUCAUGUAUGUUGUAUUAUUGUGCAGCGCACUAAAGAGUGUGCGCUAACCUUGGCCCUGUGUAGUGCAUACUAAAGAGAGAGGGGCCCUCAUAGGAAUGGAAUGACAGCUCGUGUGGAGAGGGGAGGACUGGUCACUGGAGAGGGAAGUAGACCCCCUCUUGGUGCUCUAGCUGUGCAUUGGUGCUUUUUUUUUUUAUAUAUAGGGUCCCCUGGGCCUUAAAACGUCGGCUUUGGUUUCCAAGAUACAGGGAAAUGCAAAUAAGGAAUGAUUAAACAAGGAUAGCCCUCGCCCUGCUCUUCUUCAGAUGCAUUCAUUUGGUUGUGGCCUGUACUACGAAGCUGGUUCAACAUACCCAGGGUAUCUUCUCGUCAUCUGGCUUCACUAACCCUAACAACCGAGAUCCAGCUGAGCGCUCCUACGACGCUGGUUAUCAACUCGGUAAAUCAACCCAGGGUUUCUCAGUCUGGGUGUGAGCACGUUCACUUGAAAGGAGCGGUGUUUGCAGCAUCUGACCAAUCAGAAACACGGACGAGUCUGCUGUCAGCAGAGCGGCACAUUUUACAAACCAAGAGACACUAUAAUAUUAGACAAAUACCAAGAAGUUCAAAGCAUAAUCCAGACUAAAAGUUACAGUUGAAGCAGGAAGGACAGCUGGCAAAAGAAAAAAAUGGCGAUUUGUGAAUGCGUAAAGUAAAGUAACAGAUUUAUUAAGUUAACGGCCUGAGAAGUCAGAUCUAGUCGUCUAGACGUGGCUGUGAUAUUAUAAAAAGCUUUCAGAAUAUAAUGGAUGAAUAGACUACACUUCAUUACGACCUUUGACAUAAAUGUGGCGUGUAUGAGUAUUUCAGCCGUCUCAGCUGCGUCCCCGACUCCGGCGGUGUGAAACGGACUUGAGGCCGACAGCCAGCUAUCCUUUCUGCAUUGUUUUCAGUUUGAUCUGUGUUGUUUUUAGUCUGGAUUAGGAUUUAAACUUCUUGAUUUACUGAUUGGUCAGUAGGCGGUGCUUUCAUACCAGUUGAUCUCUUAUCUGGAACCUGCAGGUUAGCUGUUCAGCAUCAGUUACCAUGGAGACUGAAAACCCUGGAGGGUUAACCCUGAGGUUACCUCGCUAACCCCAAAUCCUGCUUCGUAGUCCAGGCCUCAGGUCUAGUGCAGCCUGUUUACUGAGUUAGAGUCAUGUGUGGCUGUAGCUGGAUAAUACCAGCAAUAAAAUAACCAAACCUUCAGAACGUGUGACUCUAAUUGUAGACAAAGGUCCGCUAGACUCCACAGGAUGUGGUUCCACAGAAUCAACCUGAUGGGAGGGAUCAACAGAAUAUGAAGGAGGAGGAGGUUGUUGUCGUGUUUAAGGUCGGAGGAAAUGUGGCGGGAAGGUCAGAGAGAGAAGGAGGGAAGAAAAGAAGGGCAGGGACGUAACGGACUCAGAUCGGGCGUUGAUUUGUCGAUCAAGAAGAAAAAAAAAAACUAUUUUCCGGUAGAUCUAGAAUCUUCCUUAAUCGUCUACUCUUCACCAUAAAAAACAAAAGAAAUCACACUGUUUUAUUUGUCUGGUUUCCUGUCUCCCUCUUCUCCCUCUUCUCCCAACGAUGCGCUUCUUCUUUUGUUUAUUACAAAGUAUUAAACAAAUACCAGAACUGUCAAAUCAGAAUGGAACCUGUCACUCUUAUUCUUUCUCUUUCUCUUGUGUCUGUUCUUUGUCCUGUUUGUAUCCGGCUCCAUCGUACACAUGGAGCUGACUAUUGUGUGCUUUGGGGAAUGAAAGAAGAAAAUGAAAAAUAUGAAUACCUUUUUCAGUCAUUAAUUCUGAAUCUUGUUUCUGUUUGUUGUAUCAUGUCCGAGUAAAGGUUUUAAUACUGUA